AUGAAGAAGUCGUUGAAAAAUAUCAAAUUGAAAUUAAGGAACAAAAAGAGGAAGGGAAACUUCGUCUCCUUCUACGACAGAAUAAAAGAAAUUAAUGAGAAGGAGAAGCUGCAGGCAUGUAGCGUGAUCGGAGGCGCGAACUACAACGACGGCUUCGCUUCGCAGUGGAUAAGUCGCGAAUCGAAGGAUGCCGAAGGUGGGGAAGCAAAUGCGAAUUCGCCCCGCGUGUACCCCCAAAACUGCUUCAACAGUGACUUCAAAAAAUGCUGCAGAGAACUACAGCCGUAUGCGAAAAACCUAAUGCUCAUUUUGCUAAACAAGGACAAAAUCUUUGGCACCAUUUUGAAGUACAUACAAAAUAGCAAAAUCCAAAAUGACGAAAAUUAUUUCUACAAAUUGUUGGUGAUCCUCAUAAAGGAUUUAAAAGAUGAAAGCAAAAAAUACAUAGAUCAAAUUUUAAAAAUAUUAUACGAUAAAAUUAAUUUUAACAAUUUGGAUUUGUUGGAAGAAAUAUUUAAUACCUAUGCAAAUAUAUUUCGAAUAAUGAAUAAAAAAAUUAUAAGUAACGUGGAUAGAUAUAUAAAAAUAUCCCUUCCACUGUUACAGCAUCGAAAUAGUAUUGUGAAAAUUUUCAUUGCGGAUAGUUUUUCCUACCUGUUGAGGAAAUUAUCCCUACACGAUUUAAUGGAGUGCUUUCAAAAAUUAUUUUCCUUUUGCGAUUGUGUGAAAAGGAACAAGGUAAGAGAUUAUUGUGAUACAGUGAGCCUCCUCAUGUUAGAAGCUCUAAAAGUGGACAAAGACAAACUGUCCAGAAAAACUCUCCCCUUUUUGAAGUUUAUCAUUUAUUCGCUAUUCCUAAGGGAGACAUAUUAUUGUGAGGAGACGGAGACGCAUUAUGAGCCAAUUGAGGAUAUACAAUGUGUGGACUUCCUAAAAAAAGCAGUAGCGAACUUCCUCAUUGAUAUUUAUAAUUUUACGAAAAAUGGCACUUUUGAAUUUGUGGAAAUAUUUCUAACCUUCAUUUUGAGAAACUACUCCAUCCUGUUUAGGAGAUUCUACACCGAUGUGUUGGUUCAGUCGGACCAAAGUACAGAAGCGUUGCAUUUGCUGAUCAGUCAGAGGGGCCCAAAUGGGGUCUCCCCAAUUUUUCCCUCUUUAGCCAACGCGGAGGGGCACCCUAUCGAGGUAGUAGCUCCUGCGCUUGGUUUGCAUAAGGAGGAUAGCGGCGGAGCGGAGGCUGCCCCAUCUGGAGCACCAGAAAGGAGCUCCGAACUCGGCAAUAGCAGCGGCUGCGGCAGCAAAUGCCGCUCUGCUGACGAUCACCCACACUUUUGUCACACCCAAGCGCAGUCCCCCGAAACGCAGAGGAAGGCCUUUUUUGCGAAGGAAAUUUUCCACAGCUGCACGAACUUUUUUCUGAAAAAAAUACUAAACAUAUGGAUAGAAAGAAACAGCCAACAGAAGAGCAUCAUUGUGGAAACUGCUCUCCGCGAGUUGAGUAAAUACGCGCAGGAUGUGAAUCGUCUGAAGUUAAAUCAUGCCUCCUUUUUUUACCUAAGCAAUAUCUACGACCACGUGUUCUUUUUGCUAAAUCGGGACGUGGUUUCCAGUGAAGGCAUAAAAAAUAUGUUCACUUCCCUCGUCCGGGUCUUUAUGAACAUAGUGACUGCUGAGCAGUGGAAUAACGUGAGUGGCCUCCACCCCCUAAGAGACUCCCUCUUUCGCUCUUUCAUCCUCAACGUGGAUGAACUGUUAAGCAGAAAAAAUCACAGCAGCGAAGAUUCACACAUGAACGAUGUUUUGAAGUGUAUAUUUGUACACAUCUCGAGGGAUGUGCAGAAGGUUGACAUAUUUAUGCGUGAAAGGGAGUGCCACGUGGGGGAAGGGAUGAAGGGGGGAGCUGGUCCAAACGACUUUCCCGAAGAGGAAAGCACGUCUAACAAAAUUGACCCCUACAGCAUCUCCGACGAGGGUGCCAAUCUGCAUUUGGGGAAAAUAUUCCUCCUGUUUGACAUUUUGAAGAGCACAACAGGGUGGGAUAGUAGCACCGCGGAGGAGGAAGAGGCCGCUGCGGAGUGUAAAAACGUGCACAAGAAGAAGCGGCAAAAUGGAGAUCUACGCACAGAUGAGCUGGCGGACUACUGCAAAUUUAGCAGCGAGAGGGGUGCCCUCCACCAUGGGUCUGACAACGCCCGUAAGAACAGCAUCCGCCAGGGGGAUUCCGCACCACAAAUGCAAACAGAGCUUCACAAUUUAUUUUCCAUCACCUUUGAGAAGGUAACAAACAUACUUGCCAUUUUGAGGCGAAUUAAUGAGUGUGCCAAUGUGGAAAGCUCAACGCACGAGAAAAACGGGGAAGAGCUACCAUACGAAUCUGUGAAAAAUCUCCAAACAGUAAUACAGUUUUUAUUUGCAUACGUCAGCCUACUCACAGAGAUAAGCAGAACCGACGUGGCCACACUCCUUCUAUGUGCAAAACGCAGUGGUAACAAAAAUGAGGAGCACAAUUUUUUUACCACAUUUGGAGAAAUAUGCGAAAGGGUGGAAAAACUAAAAAGUGGCCACUGCAUAGGAAGGAAGCUUCACAAGGAGAACUCCCCUCCUGAUGUGAAUUUCCACCUGAACAGCAUCAUACUGGAUGGAAAUGUUAUGAUGACAACGUUGGCCAAGGGAAUGUAUGAACAUAGAGCGGUGAUCGAAAACGUCCUCCCAAACAACAACCACUUCUUAGUCAACUGCUUAAGCAAGUGGGGUAAGCACGAGGUGUACGCUGUGGACUACUUGAAAAAAAUAAAAAACAUACUCACCAAUUUGAACGAAAUGGGCUAUUUUGCACAAAAAAGGGAUGACUUGUUUGCAUAUUUAAAGGCCCUUAAAAAGCUGUUUCUCUGCCACGACAAGGGGAAUAGGAAAGAGUUCCUGCAAGUUAUCCAAUUCGUAGUAGGCAUAUGUAUAGCACUCAGAAGGGACGAAGGAAGUCACCCCACAAAUGAGCACAACAACACAUCGGGGGAGAGUAACAACCCUGCGUGCUACGCCAAACUGUUGCCCCUUUUUGAUUGUCUCAUUUAUUUAGAAAAUCCAGAAUAUUUGGCCACGUACGAAAAGAUUUAUGAAUCGAAAAUUAUUGACGUAGUAAAUUAUUUGACCCUUUUUAAAAGCUCCAACAUUUUCAGCGAUUACUUGCUGAAGGUGGCCAUAAAAAUUUGCGUUGUCGAAUUGGUUUAUCUGUUAAGUGCUAGCUUGGUGAGUAUCCCCAAGGCAGUCACCGCUCACCUCAAAAACUUCCUACGCUCGUACAGCAUAGACAAGCAAGUGGACGACGAUGAGGGUUAUCGCCACCAGCUGGAAUACUAUUCUUUUGUGCUGAACGAGGUGUUCAAAAUGGGUAAGGAAAAGCUGCUCUCUGUGGAGAGGGAGGCAGGCAGAAAAGCUGCCCCAGGUGACACUUCCGAUAGUGACAGCUGUGAGAAAGAGAACACUACGGAUGAGAGUGCGAAUCAUUUUGUGGAGGAGGUGAACAAACACCAGAAUCACAGUGGGAGGGAUGUGCCUCUCCACUGCUUCACCCCCCUGAGGAACCUCAUUUGGAACAACAUAGAAGAGUGCCAAACUAACAUGCAACAGUAUGUGCACACGCAGGGAAACAAUGCAGCGUGCACAUUGCCAGAAAGCAAACAUCUGAAUGGUGAAAAUGUCCUCAAAAUUGCAUUCACCACCAUCCAUAUGGUAAUCAUACCGCAAGCGAACAGCCUUAACAAAUCGUACAGAGCGAAGCUGCUAAACAUGUACGUUUGGAUAAUGAGCUAUAUUAAUAACCAUUUCAGGCACUUCGUGCAGGAGUUAAAAUAUUACUCCCUGUUGAAUGUACUGUUUGACAUUGCUGGAAGUUUGAAUGAGUUGUGUCACGGGCAUGGGGGGGGGGCUACCCCGUCUAUCCCAUCUACGCAGCCACAAGUUAACCAAAUAAACCGCGCCGUAGAAACCUUCGUCAGCAAAUUUGCCUACAAUAUGCACAUUUUGAGCAUCCCCAAUAUGAUCAAAUUUUUGCAUAUACUCUGCUCGUACAACCAGAAAUUGAACAACUACAAAAAUGACAUCGAGGAAAUGCUACUGGAGAAGAACGUCAACAUCACCAAGUUGCUGCUGAACAUAAAGGAGGAAGACAGCAGCGGGAUUAUCCCCAUUUUGAUAAAAAUCAUUUUCUGCAUUUUAAAAAAUAAAAUGAAAAAAGGAAAUAAAAAAUUGAAGAAAAAUAUGAUUUUUUACCUCUCCAACAUUUCUUGCGACAAUUACUGCCACAUUAUUAUUUCUGCCGUGUACCCCUUGGUGAAUGUAUACGAGGGAUCAAUUGACUAUGGCAACUUGCUCCGGUACGCAGACAAGGAGAGGGUGCUGGUCAGUUUCCUCACCAACUGUCAGGGGAGGUUUGCGGCGCACUGGAGAUACCAAUGCGAUACAUGUGCCGUGAAUUCAGCCAUUGCAGAGGGGGGUCCAAACCGGGGGGAGGAAAUCUCCCUCCGCUACGACGACGCCUUUAAUCACGCCAGCUGGCACUUCGGCAACCACAUAAUUGAAGUAAAGAAAGACGCGCUGUUUAGAAACUUCCACUUCAACAAAAGCUUUGGCCUUUUUAUCGAAAUACUGAAGAUCAUGAAGUACAAGCUGGACACCUACAUGGAGUUCUUUUUGCAUGUCUUUGUCACCAUAGCGCAUUACAUUAAUGUGUACCACUUGAUGAAAAGGAAGGCCAAGGAGAGGAGGAUUUUCCUGCUGGUUAAGAAGAUGGAGAGUCGAGACAAAGGUGGAGGCGGCGAGGGGGGGGAGGCGCCCCGCAGAGUUAGUAGCCCCGGAGAAAGUGAGUACAAGUUCGAGGCGAAAGAUCACCACGAUGAGGUUGACCACAACUUUGUUCACAACUUUGAUGACGAGUGUGGCCCCCCCCGCGAACACUCUCUCCAGCUCAGCGCGAAGAGCUCCUACCUGAAGAACGCCAACAAGAAGUGCAUCGAGCACAUCCAGUUCAUCAUGCUGAACUAUGAAGUGACAAACGGGAAUUUGGAGAAGGCCAAAGAUUUCUUCGCCUUCCUCUUCAGAAAAAAUCUGAAGAACAUAGGCAAGCCAAAUUUGUUCCUGAAAAUUCUGUUUGACAUUUGGAGCAGGAACGAGUCGUACCACGGCUUCUACCACAGCAUCAUCCCUAACUCUUUGUCCGUUUUAAUAAAAGCGGUGAACAACCAAACAGUUGUCAGCCGAUUAAGUUACAGCGAAUGGAAUGCACUCACGGAGAAGGUGUUCGACGUGGUUUUGCGCCUAUGUGGUUAUGAUCAUGCGAAUGAGAACGAGCCGAAUUGGCGUAUAGGGGAAGCCCCCAAAAGGGAGCAGGAGCGCAUUCGGGGGAGAACCCAAAAUAGGGAACUACUCACCAUAAUGGGAAAGGGAAAACAUUCUGAUGCGUCCCCUUCGAAAGGCAUGAAUAUAUUGAAGCCGCUCAUUUCGGACAUUAUCCUAUGCAUUAAGAAAACCAUCUUAAAAAGGUACAAACAGUUCCUUAUAGAAAAGGAAAGAGGAGCAACGGCCCUGCGUAAGAAAAACAAAACGGAUGAGUUAAAAAUUAUUAGCAAUAAGGAACUUUACAUUCUAAUUGAACUGUCAGCCGUGAACAAAAACCAGAUGUACAAUUUGCACGUCAUUAAUAUUAUUAUCACCUUCGUGCUGAUCAAUGCCAAGUCGCUACAUAGCACGAAUUCCGACCACGUGCAGAAGCUGAAACUUAUAUUGGUGGCUUUGAAGAGGUUACUCAUUAACAUAUCGAGGGGGGAAAGUGAGCACCCAAGGUGGAGGGGCAAAAAGAAAGCAAAUUGCAACUUGUCCUGCUAUCAGGAGGCGGCGAGGCGUUCCUCGCCGAGGUGUGCAAAUCAGCCCCAUGUAGGUGAUGUACAAGAGAAAAGAGGUGCUAAAAAAAGAAGCGUACACACAUCGUAUGGGCACUCCUACCAGCAUGCCCACAAACUGUACGUCUGCCGCAAGCUAAAAACCAUGGUGUACGAAAUCGUCCAGAGGUGCUACGACGUCAGCUGCAGAGUGCUCGCCGGGGAUCUCCUAAUUAUGAUCGGCUGCAUUUUUCUAAAAAUUAGAAACAUAAACAGAUACUUAGAAAAGUUUAAAAAAAAUAUGGACGUCUUUUUGAAAAAAACGAACGAGCUUAAUUAUAACUCCAAAGUGGUCCUAAAACAUAUCGUGAAAAUUCCCUUAAAAAAUGACCAGGCUAGGCAGCAUAAUUAUUAUUACUCCUUCCUUCAGAUUGCCCAGAUAUUUUGCGGCCUCAACAUUUGCAAUGAGAGGAACUCCCACCACGAAUACGACGCGGAUGUGCAGUUUUUAAUUUUCCUCGACUUGUGCAAUGUGAAAAUGUCCACCGUUAUGAGGGGGUAUGCUUUGGGGGGGGAGGGGCCCCUAAUGGGAAGGCGCGACAGUGGAGAGGUAAACAAGGGAGGGAAGAAUGAGGAGGGGAAGACCGCUGACAGGAAGACCGCUGACAGGAAGACCGCUGACAGGAAAACCGCUGACAGGAAAACCGCCGACAGGAGGACCCCCCGCAAAUUCACCUUUGAUCACCUGUUUUCAAGUAGCAACAAGCUGUUCCACGAAGUCCUCGUGAGGCACUGCUCCUUUUUAAUUUUCAACGAAGCGACCAACGAAAUGGUUAGAGAUAAAUGCGUGUCGUUCGUUUUGUUCUUCCCCCAGUUGUUGAAGUGGCUACUGCGGGCGUGUGAAAGGGGCGAUGCACGGAGCGAUCAGCGGAGCGGCGAAAAUGCCCACCGCCUGACCAUCUCGCGAGACGUCAAAAUAUGCGUCCACUUCAUAGUUAACAUUAUAAUACCCAAAGCGCUGAACGCACUAAAAAAGAACGUCAACGAGUUUACCAAAAUUGCGCUGCAGAUUAUCCUCACGACCUCGAAGAUAGUUAACCCCCAUAUGGAGGCUCUCAAACGGUUAGGUGUUGAGCCCUUUUUAAGGGAGGUUAAAAAUUCUCAAAUAAAAAAUUACGUGCUCAAUGCAGACACGAAUUCUUUGUUCUGCUUUAACGCCGUGAAGGCGCAGAAGACUGAGCAGAGGCACUCCGACGAACAGGAAAAGACGAAUUUCAAAAUGUUGGAAAAAUUGCUAUUUCAGGACUUACAUCAAAACGUAGUGGAAACGUUUCAGGAGAGUAAGGCUCAUCAGAAGGGGAGGAAAAAUGAAGAAAAUAAUAAACGUAGAUCCAUAAUUCAAAAUAUAAUAGACCUUAAAUCAGAAAACAACUCCAAAGGGGUGGAAAAACUAGUUGAUAUUACCCCCCGAUUGAGCUACUACACAAUUUCUAAAGUUGUAAUUCCACUUUCAUUGAAUUACAUCCUCCAAACGAACUCAAAAAAAGAAACGUACAACAAAUCCCUCAGCGCAAAUAGCAUCAAACUGCUUGGCACCUGCACGGAGAGGGUGGGCAUCAAAGUCGUUUAUAACCUCCUGGAGCUGCUCCUUUCAGAGCUGAAGAAAAACUCAUUUAAUAAGGUAUACAUCGAAAAGGCAGUAAGCCACGUUGUGAGGACGUACGAUUUUAGGGAGUUCCAGGGCAUUGGCACGGAGCAGAGUUGGUUCCGCCCAGGAGCAGCAGCCCCGGAUGGACUUCGAAACGGGGGAGAAGCGAACCGCGCCGUGGAGCGAAGUGAAAGGACCGAACUGGGGGGAGUCAAAGGGGUGGACACUGCAGUGGGGGAGCGGCAUGUGAAGAUCGCAAAGGAGGAAGUCUCACCAGGGGAGGUCGCACCUGAGGAAGUCGCACCAGGGGAAGUCGCACCUGAGGAAAUCGCACCAGAGGAGGCCGCUCCACAGGAAGUCGCACCAGGGGAGGCCGCUCCCAGCCCGCUCUGCCUCAAGUUCGUCCGGCGCGUCCUCCCGCAGCUGAAGCUGCUAAUGUUCGAAAAAUCGCCGACGAACGAGAAGAAGAAGCAAAAGAGCUACAUAAACGACCAGGUCGUUGACUACAAAAACAAAGAGGCAGUGGCCAAGGCGGACAUCAUCAUAUCAUUUUUAGUAAUUCUAAACAAAAUGAAUUACAAUUUUGAGAAAGAGCUGCACAAAAUAAUAUACAGGUUAUGUUUCUUUUUGUCCUCCAAAAAUAACAAUGUAAGAAGCGAAUCGAAAAAGACCAUGUGUUAUAUUUCCAUGUACCUCGGUUUGAGCUACUUCGAUUUGAUUAUAAAGCAAAUGUCGGAUUACCUGACCAAGGGGUAUCACGUGCCGAUUUUUCUCUGCACGGUUAACUCCAUCCUAGAAUCGGUGCUAAACAAGAAGGACAAAUUUUUAGAUAAAAAUUACCUAACCAUCGGCCUCAACGCGUUGAACGAUGGGAAUAUCAGAAGGUCCAAGAGGAAGGCCCCUUUCGCGGCUUCAUCAAACCGCACGAACACCCCGCACGAAGCCAUCUGCAACAACAUCUUUAACAUGAUCAAGCUAGAAAUAAUAAACGAAAUUGACAAAAAUACUGAAGAUGUAAAUAAGAAGCAUAUAAAAAGAAAAACGAAAGAAAGCAAAAAGACCUAUGGAAAGAAUAUCAUCAAAUUGUUAACCAAUAUAGUACCCGAAAAAUGCAUCGAAAAUAACGUCCUCACAUUUUUGGAAAGCUUAUUCAGUGGGGAAUCUUUCGAAAGUAACGAAGUGGAUAAAAAUUUUAUUUUUAAAAAAAAAUACAUCUUUAUCGUGUCGUCUUACUUCAAUGAUUUUGUAAAGGGAGUAGAACAGAACAAAAGUCUCUCCCCCCAUUUUGUCCUAAACAUUAUUUACAAACUGGUAACCAAAUCGGUGUAUUUUUUCAGAGGGGACAACUAUCAAAAUUUGCGCAGUGUUAUGAACAAUUGCUCCAUUUUACUUUUUAAAUAUAACCUCUCUGACCAAGCAGUGCAAACCUUUGGCAGCUUUAAAAAGGGUAUCCAGUUUCAUGUGCCCCAGGAGGAAACGGAGGAGAGGUACUUGGGGCUUAAUUACCAACACAGAUCUGUGCAUUACCCUUCCAAGGGGAACAACAAUAUGCAUAUAAUACAGGGGUCAUUUCAGGAGAAAAGUAUUUAUGACGCUAUUGGGAAGACGAAGAAAUUUGAUUUCCAGGUCCUCGCGCAGGUCUUGGCUAGGGUUGCCCUCAAGCUGUUAGCUUACGUGGUUAAGCGUUCGUCAGAGUUGUUCGCGGAGGAGAGGCGGUUAAGAAGUAGUGGAGGUGGUCCCAUAAACGAUGCUAAUGAUAACUGUGAUGGUACUCUCCCCAGUGAGAGGUACCCCAGCGGAGCGGUCAAAGAAACGUCAACUUGCUACUCUGCGUCCACCACCGUGGAUGAUGGGUCGCCCAGCCAAAAUGGAAAUGCGCAAAAGGGGCCAUUCACACACAUCGCUAAUGACAAGGGAAGCGCCGCGGAGGCAGUCGUCACCCCAGUGGGGGACAAAUCUGCUAACAAGGGGGUAAACCACAAUUGUGGGGACCCCUUUUCAAGCUUCCCCGAAUUUAUAGGCCGAAUUGAACCACUCCUCGUGUACUUCUUCUGCUACGGAAAGGAAGACGUAUUUGUGUUGGCCUCCAAGUGCAUCAAACUUAUUAAGCAGAAAAAAUUUAGCGAUUUUAAAAAGUUUGGAAAAUUAAUCAUUCUUUCAUCUGUAGAUAUACUAAAAAAUAUCCCCAACUAUUACAGCAAAGAAUUUGACAAGCUCAUUCUCUCCUGCAUUGACACCUUGACAUAUCUCAUACGGGGAAACAACAAAAGUGAUAUUAUUUCCUGGCUGAAUUCGGACCUAUCCAGUAGAGGAAAACCUACAGAUGGUGUUGAUGAGCCGACGAAAGACGAAACCCUUUUGAAGAAAAAGAGAAAACUGGAAGGGGCUACAAACAGAAGGGAUUACCAUGACCCGCUUGAGAACGCAGCCAAGUUGAAGAAACAGAAAAAGCUCAAUUAUCUGCUCGACGAAAAGGUCUUAUCUACGUAUUAUCAUCCCACCCAGGAGGGGGAAGAAGAUUUGCCGCACGAACAAGAAGAAUCGACGAACUCCCUACGCUACUGCCUAAUUAACCAAAUUUCGCUGCUACUAGAAAGUAAAAAUCACGUGUGGGAGUUGCUCAUAUUAUUUAAAAACUGCAUGAUGCGGGAAGACAUAAAUAAUAUCAUCAGGAAAGGGUCGAUUAUCCUAAAAAUGAACAGCUGCAUUGAUCAAAUUUUCACCAUCAUGAUAGAGGAGUCCCACAACAUGAAACUGUCCUUUCUGUGUGGACAGAUUUACGUCGAUUUUUUGAUGCGAUUUCCCAUAUCAAAGAAGGAAAAGAAAAAAAAGUUUUUCCAAAUUUUAAAUAAUUUAAAUGAUGAGAAUGACGACUCUAGAAUUGCCACUUUGAACGCUCUCUACGUCUUCCUCAAUAGAGCCAACGCCAAGUUAUUAAAGGAGGAAUUUUAUUACGUCAUUUUUGCGAGCAUCAUAGUGCAUUUUACUAAUGAAACAAAUUACAAGUGCAAGAAGAUGUACCUUUUUUUGACCACUUUACUCUUCCAACAAGUGAACGAUUUGGCCUAUGUUUUUAAUUCAUAUAAAAUGUUAAAGCGAAACUUGUUCUUUUGCGCAAAGGCGUCUUUUACGUAUACCUACUUGUAUUUGCUUCCCCUCUUCUCCUCCAUUUUUUCCGAGCGGAUUGCUACAUACGGGCAGAUGGUUCAGGGUGAUGAUAAGCUAGCGCAGGUUGAGCGUGGCUCAUUAUCGAGGGAGCACCAAAAGGGAAGGCGCGAAAAAAUAUUGCAGCUAACAUUGCAGGGGAGUGAUGUAUCGUCGGAAAAUUACGAAAAUGGGGAAUAUAGUACACGUCGCGAAGGUGCACUCAGUGUGGGUGACUCCCCAAGCAAGAGGCAAACCACCAUUAGAAGCUACUUCAUAAAGGAAUUACUAAAAAGCACAAAAAGGUAUAACGCGAAGAAGAACUUAAAUAGAAGCAACGGUGCAGUUUCUCCCCCCCCCAGUGACAUCACCCUUUUUAUGAAAAACCAACUGGAAGACCUAUUCCUAUCGGUGAUGUUUUACCUAAUCGAUCGGACGUGCGCUGAUGUGAAGGAGUUCAUGAAGGAGGACAAGCUGUCUCUUCAAGUAGUAACCUCCAUACAAAGCAUCACCCAUUUUAGUGGCAACUAUGAGGUAUACGCACAAAUGGACAAGGACUUAGUGUACCUCUUUUACAAGGCACUGGAGCAGAUUUUUACCCAUAUGGACGUAGAAUUGAUAGAAAAUUUGGUGCAUGAAAAACACGCCCACAAAAUGUACAAGCGCUAUUUUUUAAAGGAGGACCGAGUGGAGUACCCCAACGGAGAGCGCACAGUGGAUGGGGAAGAACCAAACGAAACGGCCAAUGGAGAUACCAAUGGAGAUACCAACGGGGACACCAACGGAGACGACACCUGCGGUGACAAAUUAAUUUUGUACUUUCUGCACUUCUGGAAUUUGAUCGUUCAAAAUGGACUCUUCCAUAAAAACCCAUAUGUGCAAAUCAUAUCGCUGAAGAUGAUGCUAAGUUAUAUAAGUAACAAAAUGGCACGUCCGUUUUUCCCUCUCCUACUGGUCAAGUUAUAUUCGUCCGAUAAAUUUAUCAUCAACCUGAUUUUGAAGAAAGUUCUCUCCCUCCUCUUAAAUUCGUAUUUUCUGGAACAUUUCUAUAUAUACCAUAAAGAAAUUAGCGUUUUCCUCUCCAAGAUUUGCGUGCUGUUGGUUAACUUCCCGUGGAUUACCAACGGGUUUGACGACCAAGCUGAUGGCAGAGGAGUAUCCUGUGAGGGGUACAGUGCGGAAAGUAGCGGCGUAGUGAAAGGGCAGUUUGACUCAUCUUGUGGUAAAGAUACCCAACAUUCACAUGUCAGUGGUGCUCCAAAUGGCCCUUCCCAGGAAACUUCCACAAAGGAAAGCCAACUGAACAACCAUUUUAACGGCGAAAGUGAUGUCGAAGGGGAUGAAGAAUUCCAAAAAGUGAACACAAUUUUGGAGAAGGAGCAGAAUGAGCAAGAUAAAACUACUUCGUACGAUCGGGUGGGAACCCUAAUGAUGCCAAAUUUGAAGAUAACCAAGGAAAUGCUCUCCUACAGCAAAUUCUUCCUUGUCAUCGUUACCCUCUCACGUGCCAUAAACAUCCACUUGAUAAACAAGAAAAAAUCUUUUGUGAGAAUUCUAACCAUUUUAAGUACCUACAAAAAUAUAAUUCAGGAUUUCCCCCAAGAGCUCUGGGCCCUCGAGAAUGAGAUAAUUAACAUCGUCCUCCCCUCCCUGUACAAAGUAGCUUCCAUAUUUAAGAAGAAAUUCUUUGUCGAGGAUGAAAACAUUUUCGAAGAAGUGAACACGUAUAAUAAGCUCCUUUACCUGUCCAGCUACGCGUGGGAUAUUAUUUCCCUUCUGGAGGAAAAACUGCAAAACGAUAGGGGCACUUUUAAUAAAGCCUUCAUUCAAGCGAGACAGAGGAUCAACCGAAUUAGGUUUAUCAAGAAAAAGAAGAAGAGUUUGUUAGCCUUGAAAAACCCCAAGUUGUUUACCCUAAAUAAGUUAAAAAGGAGGGAGAAAAAAAAAAUGGAAAAGAAGAAAAUGAAAAUGAACCUUUAG